GCUCCAUGCAGGCCAUGGCUGCCCUCGCCAGCCGCUUCCUCUAUGGUCGCGGGGUGCCCAGUGACUGUGAGGCAGCACUCGCCUACUACCGCAGCACAGCAGCAGACCUGUCAGCAGCAGCAGUGGCAUCAGGCGACCAGCAGCUGCCCAGGGACCCUGUACGCUUAAGGGACUGGUUCCGCGACGGGGGGUUCCAACCUCAAGCAUUUGAUGAUGACCACGCGGAGCAGGUGGAGUUUGAACAGGACCUGGCAGAGCGGGGGGUGCCGGAAUCCCUUCGACUAAUGGGGUUCCGCCACCUCAUCGGCCAGGGCAUCCCUCGCAACCCCCAGGAGGCUCUUCGCCACUUCCGAUUGGCUGCUGCUGCUGGUGAUGACGUGGCAGCCUUCAACAUCGGCUAUAUGCACAUGACUGGGGCAGGCGGGGCGAUUCCGAAAAACUUCACCGCUGCCCGGAAAUACUUCCUUCAGGCGGCUUCGGGCAGAAACAAACUUGCAGCUGCUCAGAAUGGGUUGGGGGUCCUACAUCAAAACGGAUGGGGGGUAAAGCAAGACUUGAACCUCGCACGUGAAUUUUUCUUGAAAGCCGCAGAGAGAAACGACUCGGACGCACUUUCGAACUUAGGGUAUAUUCACUUUGACGGGUUGGGCGUGCCUGCGAAUGCGACCACAGCCGUGGGUUAUUUCGAGAGGGCCAUGGAUGCAGGGCAGUGGAGUGCUCCCUAUACUCUGGCUAGGAUUCUAGAUGGGUCACUGGUUUCCGCUUCUGCCGCUUUCUCUGCUGCUUUCUCUGGUGCGGUCGGUGCUGCUGCUGCUGCUGAUUUCACUGCUGCGACCGUUCCCCGGAACUGUUCCCGCGCGGCGAAGCUGUACGGCAUUUUUGUCUCGGAGCGCAUCGGGUGGGCGGCGGAGCUGAAGGAGGCUGCGGCAGCGUACGAGGAUGGGGACUGGUGGAGCGGUUUGGUGCGGUACGGAAUGGUGGCGGAGGAGGGGAGCAAAGUGGCAGCAGAGAACGCUGCACAAAUGCUGAUGCGCGCACAGGGGUACUCAGCCUCCGAUCGCUACGCCCUAGCGUUAGACCAUGUGAUGAGGGCGGUGCACAUCGGGUCGGCACCAGCCAUGGUGGAUGCGGCUCUGCUCAUGCUCAUCCACCACCUGCCCUCACUGCUGCCGCUCCCACCCAUCCAUCAAAAUCAGUCCAUUGAUCCACACCCACCCACUCCACAACUCACAACAGUUGAUCCCCACAAUCCUGCACAGCCACUCCCAGCCGUUGAUCCACACCUUUCCUCCCAGUCAAUUCCUGCCGUAGAUCAGAACUCAACAAUGGCACAGACCGGAGCAGCAGAGGGAGCAGCAGCAGCAGCAGCAGCAGCAGCAGCAGCAGCAGCAGCAGCAGCAGCAGCAGCAGCAGCAGCAGCAGCAGCAGCAGCAGCAGCAGCAGCAGCAGCAGCAGCAGCAGCAGCAGCAGCAGCAGCGGCGGCGGCGGCAGCAGCGACAACAGCAAGGGCAGCAGGGCGUGGCAGGAGUUGGGGGAGUGGGACACAGUAG